UCACCAAAAUCUACAAUUGUGUCUGACAUCACUUCUUUUGUUACUCAUUAACUAUUAACACUUAGCAGUUUUCUUUAAAUGUAACGUUAGUGUCCAGUUUUAAAAGUUCCCCUGGAUACACGUGAGAAGAAAUUGGGUCACCAAAAUAAAAGACAGUAAUAUAAUACUAAAUUCCUCUGUUUUCACCUCAACCUUUUCAUCUCCGCUAUAAACAGAAACAAAGUAAAAAAACAAAAGACUGACUCUGCUUCAAGUAGGCACAGAUCACCCUUGCAGCACAAGCCAAGAGCCACGAGCCAGAAAUGUCUGAUUGAGAAUCACUGAGAAUAUAUCUGAAGUAUAACAGAAACACGGUAAUCUAGGAAAACACGGAUCUCUCUCCAAGCUGCAUCCAGGCAACCAAGGCUCACUCUCUCCACACUGCAAGAAAUAUCCACCUACUGUGUCUGCCGCUCAGACUACAGGUAACUGCUAAUGACGCUUUUAGUACUGCCAGUCAACAUAAAAAGGUCGAGCUGACUGGAAGGGUAAUGGGCGAAAAUAUAUAUUAGUUCAUUUCAAUUCAUUAAGAAUGCACAUUGACACCUGGGCACCCGUUCUAAACAGCAUAUUGAAGACGGACAUUUUUUACAGCGCUGACGCGCGCCGUGCCAAAAGCGCCGGCGGUGCGCAGCCAGCCUCCAGAUCACACAUUGGAUGGAUGGGUUUCACCAGAGUGUGAUCGGGCUGCUGAGACUGAACGAGCAGCCUCUUCUCUCUCAACACACGGUCUGUUUUCUUUAACAAAACAAUGAAACCUGGUGCGGACGAGCUCUAGCUGUGUUUUUUUGUACUGACUGCGGACAAACUCGAAUGACCUCAGGUGUCAUUUGGGGAUGAUGUGGAUGAGGAUGGUGAUGAUGCUUAUGGAUUUUGCCUUUGAAAACCGCCAACUUUCACCUCUGCUCUCCUUCCACUUCUCCGUGUGUGUCUGAAGCACCACAGCAUGCAGAUCUCCCCGAGUGAAGACAAGAUCCCGGUCGUGGACUCGCCUUCGAGCCCCCAAGGCUACGGCGAGGGCCUUUACUUCUCCGACGGCAAGCGGAAAGUGGACUACGUUCUGGUCUUCCACCAGCGGCGGCACAGCUCCCUGCGGUCUCCUGCCAGCGCCUCGGUUUCCCACGACCGCUUAUCCGUGGUUUCCAAUGGCAACUUCCCCCCUUCGGUGGACCCCGAUGCGUUGGCGGCGGCGGGGAGAGGGGGGGUCAUGCCUGGCGGGGAGGCGGCAUGCGUCGGGGAGGUGUUCAUGGAGCUUGGGUACGCGGGAGGGAGCGAGUCUUUGGAGCCUGCCGAUCACGAGAUGCGCCUGAUGCGGCAGGAGUUCGAGGCCAACUUGCAGGACGCCGGCCUGGAGAUAGAGAGAGAUAAAGAGAUAAAAGCCCACGGCCCCAGCUUCACGCGCCUCCACGCGCCCUGGCCAGUAUUGUGCCGCGAGGCCGAAUUCCUCAAGAUCCGAGUCCCCACCAAAACGAGUUACGAGCUCAAAGAGGAGAGCGGCUUUGGGUCUAGUAUGAGCACCAUGUGGAGGAAAAUCAACCAGCCCUUUCAGCCCAAAGUGCCACGACAGGACCAGGGACGCACCCGAUACCUCUCCCACUCUUUCUCCAGAGAGAAACUACACCUGUACAACAUCACAUCUAAAGAAACAUUCUUUGACAACACUACAAGGGGCAGAAUUGUAUACGAGAUCCUGAGACGGACCGUGUGCGUGCGAACCUGUCAAACCAUAGGCAUCAGCACGUUGAUAGCUAAAGGCGUGUACGAUGCUGCCUUCCCUCUUCAUGACGGCGACUUCAGAAUCAUUGGAGAGGUAGAGGAGAGGAAUGAACGACAGAUCCUACAUGAAGAGUGGGCCCGAUACUCAGCUUUUUACAAGUACCAACCCAUUGACCUUGUCAGGAAAUACUUUGGGGAGAAAAUCGGCCUCUACUUCGCGUGGCUCGGCGUCUACACUCAGCUGCUAAUACCGGCCUCCAUAGUGGGGAUCAUUGUGUUUGGUUACGGUGUGGCGACUGUGGACACCAAUAUACCCAGCCUGGAGAUGUGCGACGAUAGUCUUAAUUUCACCAUGUGUCCCCUGUGCGAUGGGGCCUGCGACUUCUGGCACCUCAGCACCGCCUGUGGCACCGCCAGAGCUUCGCACCUCUUCGAUAACCCCGCCACCGUCUUCUUCGCCAUCUUUAUGUCUCUGUGGGCCGUGCUGUUCCUGGAGCACUGGAAGCGGCGUCAGAUAAGCUUAAGCUUCAACUGGGGCCUGACAGGCACAGAGGAUGAUGAGGAACAUCCGCGGCCAAAAUACGAGACCAUCCUCCUUCAGAAGAGACAGAGGAAGCAAAAGACUAAGAAAAAGAAGAAAAAGAGUGAGCAACAAAAGCCAGAGGACGGGACAGUGAGAGGGAAGGACAGGUGGAGACAAAAACUUCUGUCUGCCAUGGCUGCAGGAAUACCGAAUCCUAUAGACAAGUUAACCUGGAAAGACCGUCUUCCUGGAUACUUUAUCAACGUUUCAUCUAUCCUUUUUAUGUUUGCGCUGACCUUCUCUGUGGUUUUCAGCGUGAUCAUCUACCGCAUCACGAUCUCAGCCCUGAUGGCCAUGAGCCCCGACCCGGCAAUCAAGUCCAAUGUCAGGGUGACCGUGUCGGCCACCGCAGUCAUCAUCAACCUCGUGGUUAUUCUCAUCCUCGAUGAAAUCUAUGGGAGCGUUGCAGUCUGGUUGACGGAACUAGAGAUUCCCAAAACCGAUACAAACUUUGAGGAGCGUCUCAUCCUGAAAGCCUUCUUACUAAAGUUCAUGAACGCUUAUGCGCCCAUAUUUUAUGUGGCUUUCUUCAAGGGACGGUUUGCAGGUCGACCUGGAAAUUACACCUAUGUGUUCAACAACUUUAGGAUGGAGGAGUGUGCUCCGGGAGGCUGCCUCAUUGAGCUGUGCAUUCAGCUCAGCAUCAUCAUGCUGGGGAAACAGCUAAUCCAGAACAACAUCUUUGAAAUCGGCAUUCCGAAGCUGAAGAAGUUGGUGCGUGCCAUCAAGGAUAAAGGCUCAGCUGUGAAGGAGAAGGAGCAGGGGAAGCCGCCACAGCAGUGGAACCUGGACUACGCGCUGGCCGCCUUUGACGGCCUCACGCCUGAGUACAUGGAGAUGAUCAUCCAGUUCGGUUUUGUUUCACUCUUUGUGGCUUCGUUUCCACUCGCCCCUCUGUUUGCCCUCCUCAACAACAUCAUUGAGAUCAGACUGGACGCGCGGAAGUUUGUGGCAGAGCUGCGCAGGCCCGUCGCCAUACGGGCUAAAGACAUUGGUAUAUGGUACAACAUCCUGAGUGGAAUGGGGAAAUUCUCAGUCAUUAUAAAUGCCUUCGUGAUCUCCUUCACGUCAGACUUCAUCCCCCGGCUCGUCUACCAGUACAUGUACAGUCCCAACGGCACCAUGCACGGCUUCAUCGACCACACGCUGUCCUACUUCAAUGUGUCCAACUUCAAACCCGGCACAAUGCCGACCAACUCCAAUCACAAAGACAUCAGCUUCUGCCGGUACAAAGACUACAGAGAACCCCCCUGGUCUUUAGAUGCCUACCAGUUCUCCAAGCAGUACUGGUGUGUCCUGGCUGCAAGACUGGCGUUUGUCAUACUGUUCCAGAACCUGGUGAUGUUCCUUAGCCUUGUGGUGGCCUGGGUGAUCCCCGAUGUCCCCAAGAACAUCGUGGAGCAGCUCAAGCGCGAGAAGAAGCUCCUGGUGGACGUCUUCUUGCAGGAGGAGAAGGAGAAAUUCCAGCUCAUCCAGAGCCUCUUCUCCAAGGACAACACCUUAAAAGCAGGAGGCAACUUGUUUGAGCAAUCCCCGUUCUUUUCCGCCCCAGGACGCUCCAGCACUCUGCCCUCGGGACAGACCCAGGCGUCGGGGGGUGACGGGGGAGGCGCACCCAGAGCGAGGUGCAGGGCCGCCAGCUUCAGCCAGUUCACCCGGAGGAGCCCCUCGUCGCCCGUCAACGAGAACGGGAGUUCGAGGCACACGGCCGUGUGACGCGAAACCCGCUGGUGGGGAGGGGGAGGGCUGCGUCGCACAGGGGAAUUUUUGGUCUGUUUUUUGCCUGUGUCUCUUGUCAUGUCGUGUGUGUGUGUGAGACACAGUUGUGGGAUUCAAAGCGCGCAGCUCGAUACUGAAAGCUUCAAAGUCUAAACUCACUGGCCUCGGCCUUGGGUCGAACGCGCUUGUGUCCCCCACACCGGUCCAAUGGAUGUGUCGCUGUUCCUAUUUGCACUGACCGUUCACCUAACAUAAGUGUUAUCAUUUUUACUACUUGGUAAAAAGUACUCACUUAGCGAGGCACACGAGCUUCAUAGCGUAGACAAGCAAUAAUCCAUGUAUUUGGAGGAACAAUCAAACAUUACUCGGGAGAAACUGGAGAAAACCUAUGGACUCACGGACACGUCAGUUUCUUUUCCUGGGGAAUUUCACACGUCUUUAUGUGUUUAUGAUCUUUAUGCGUUUUUGUUAUUUAACAAAAUCUUGUAGCAGCUGCACCGUUCUAUAUUUUCUGUACUUUCCAAUACACUGGGGCUACCGGUGGCACGGAUGGGGGAGUGAUCAUUUUUAUAUAGCAUUUUCAAGCUCAUUGCUCUCACUGAGUUGACCAGUCAUUUUUUCGAAUCAUCCUGAUAAGAACUGUAUUGUCAGUCAAUACACGGCUGCUGCUCGUUGUUUCUCUGCACACUUUCCCCCGAUGUAUUUAUGGAUGACGCAUAUGCCAACGUGGCACAAUGUUGUACUGUAAGCCACUCAUUCUGUAGAUUCCCGUCCUCACUCUGUAGUUCUAGAAUAGAAACUCUCGUUGCUGAGUGUAGACCAAGCUCACGACUAGACCACUACCACACUGUAUACUUUGACGUUCCUGCGGGUGAGGCGCAAAUCAGGGUCGGAGGAGGUGGAGGACGAGCCACAACUCGCACUGAGAGGUCGACGGUGACGUUCUGCAGGCCUUCAGACUGCAAACAUAUUUAUUUUGUAUACAGUAACUGGGCCAUAAACAUUCAUACGUCUGAUUGGUUUGUGUUAUAUGAUUUCAACCUCUUAACGAGUUAACAAACAAUCUGGUUUAACUAUUUCUGUAUUCUGUAACAACAACUUACUGAUUAAAGUAACUUUUCAAGUUAAAA